CUUACUCGCUAGUCGCUACAUUAGCGCUGGCUACAAUUUGCUUACAACGAACCUGUGCCUAGUAACCGUAUGCGUGAAUGACAGUUUGAAGCUGCCAUGGAUUUUCGACGCUCAUACGCGGGCCCAGCAAGGGCAGGCAAUGACUUCUUCUCUCACCUAAAUAGCAAGGAUACCAAGAAAGAUGACAGGCAGGAGCGCGACAAUGGCUCAGGAGGUCCAACAAAGGGGGUCGCCAGGCCCACGCAGUCCUCGAUGGCGAAGAACAGUGUGGACAUGCAGCGCAGAGGCUCUUUCUCAGCAAGGCAAAGUGGCCGCUUUAACCCUCUGAGCCAAAGCGUGGAUGUCGGACCUGCCCUGCGUGCUUCCGGCUUAGUGAGCGGCAUUCCCCGCCAGCCUGCCCAGCCGGCCGGCCCUGCUACGCCUCCCCCCGCAACAGUUGCUGCUGCGGCAGCAGACGCGGCCGUCCGUGAUGCCCAGGUCAAAAUCAAUGACCUGUACACAGCUGCCCAAAACCGCGAAGUCGCCCUACAACAGAAACACAAGCAGCUGGAGGCGGCCGUGAGCACUGCCAACGUCCGUGUGUCGGAGCUCACCCGGACGCUGCAGCAAGUCAACGGUGCGCUGGACGCGGAGCGCGAGCGGGCGGAGAAGCUAAGGGCGGAGCGUGACGAACAGACUGCAGAACUGGAGGUGGCGAAAGCCAAAGUGGCGGAGCUGGAGGCCUCGGGCAACGUUGCCGCCAGCAGCAGCGAGGUGUACAAGGCCGUUAUGGCUCGUGCAAUGGAGACCACUGUGACUGCUAUCGGUAGCGCACAAGAGAUGGGCGCUGUGGCGCAGGAACGUGAGACAGCGCUGUGCGGGCAGCUGGAGACGUGCUUGGUGCGCAUCAGGGACAUGGAGGAGCUGGCGCGCGCGGCGCGGGCGCGGGAGUCUGACCUGCGUGCCACGCGUGACCGCACCGUCGAGGAGCUUAAGUCUGCGCAUCAGGAGGCGGCGGAGCUGCGGCGCCAGCUGGCCGCAACCGACGAGGAGCUGGCCACCGCCCGCAACCAGCUCAACGCCGCGCACCAGGAGCUGAAGGCCGCGCGUGCGGCAGCUGCCAUGGAGUCGGAGGCGCUGCGCCGGGAGCUGGGCGCAGCGCGCAGUGACGCCGCGGCGGCGGUGUCGCAGCUGACUGUCACGCGAGUUGAGCUAGCAGAGGUGAACGCACAGGCCACCAACCAAGCCUGCCAGGCCGCUGCCGAUCUUGAGGCCCUGCGGUGCGAGCUGGACGCAUCGCGUGCCGACGCUACGACGUUGGAGUCGCAGCUAACCGCCACGCGUGCGGAGCUGGUAGCCGCGAAUGCGCAGGCAAGCAACCAGGCGCGCCAGGCCGCCGCUGAUAUCCAGUCUUUGCGACUUCAGCUGGACGCAUCGCGGAUUGAUGCUGCGGCGGUCGACUCGCAGUUCACCGCCACACGCACGGAGUUGGCCACGACGCGCAAGGAGCUGAGCGACACGCGCAAAGAGCUGGAGGGCGCAAGCGCCCAGGCCGCCAGCCAGGCGCGUCAGGCGGUUGCCGAGAAUGAGGCCCUGCAGCGUAACCUGGACGCAGCCGCCGAGCAGCUGCACUCUACGCGCAAGGAGCUGGACAGUGCCACAGGCCGUGCCGGCGAGCUGGAUCGCAAGCUGGGCGCCGUGCAGAAGGAGCUGGCGGCUGAGCAGGGGCGCGUGGCUGACCUGCAGCUGCAGCUGGGCGAGGCGCAGGAGGAGCUGGAGCAGGCACAAAGCAAGGUGGCAGCGGCGGAGAGCCAGCUGAAGCAGCAGCUGACGGUGGCGCGCGAGGAGGCGGCGGCGUCGGCUGCCGGUCUGGAGGCGGCGCGCGUGGCGCAGCGGCAGCUCAGCGAGGAGAUGGAGGAGAUGGUGGGCAAACUGUGCGCCGGCGAGGACAAGCUGGGCGCACUGAUUGAGGAGCUGAUGGCACCGAUGGCCAGCGUCAGCGGUGUGGCCGACAUGCCGCCCUCGUACGAGGCAGCCGUGGCCCGCGCCACUGCGCUCAAGAACAGGGUCGCGGACCUGGAGCGUCAGCUGCAAGAGCAGGGCUCCGACAUGCUGCACCUGCGCGCCCGCGUCAUGGAGUACCAGGAGCGCAUGCGUCGCGUGGAGUGCAGCCUGUCACGCGGCGGCGCUGCCAGUGGUGGCGGCGCAGCCCCGGCACACGGCGCGGAGCCUGACGCCGCCGUGAUGGACGAUGAUGCGCUGGUGGCACAGGUGUCGGAGCUGGCCGAGGAGCGCGAGACGCUGUCCACCGACAACCUGACGCUGGCGGCAGAGAACGAGGAGCAAAAGGCACAAAUCGCCAAGCUCAGCGCAGAGAGCGCAGACCUGCGCGAGAAGCUGCAGGAGCUGCUGCUGGAGGCCGCUGUCUUCACCGCCGCCUCGCACCGGGCCUCCGCCGCGUCGGAGGAGGCCUCGCGCCUGCAGCAGCUCAGCGACGAGCUGCAGGCGGCCGUGGCGGACUGGCGCCGCCAGGCGGAGGCUGCCCGCGCGGAGCUCGCGGAGGAGCGGGCCCGGGCGGACGCAGCUGAGGAGCAGGAGCGGACGGCGGCCCGGACCCACCAGGCCGCGGUGGAGCGCAUGGAGGCGAUGGAGGCUGAGGCCGCUGGCCAUGACAUCCGGGUCCAGGAGCUGCAGGCGGAGGCGUCGCAGCUGCGUCACCGGGUGGCGGAGCUGGAGGGCCAGGUUGCGGCGGGCCAGAAGGCCAGCAAGGAGGCAAAGGACCAGCUGGGCGCAAUGCACGCCAACGAGUCGGCGCUGCUGGAGCGCAUCCAGACCGCGGAGGCGACUCGCCAGCAGCUGCUGCGCCAGAUUGAUGAGGGCAACAGCGCAGUGGCGGCCGCCAAGCAGAAGAUGGAAGAGGCGCUGGCUGCGGCGGCGGAAGCCGGCGAGCUGCGCACACGGCUGGCAGCGCUGACGGAGGAGGCCGACCGGCAGGCGCAGGCGGCAUCUGCGGCUGCGGCACGUGUGUCAGCGCUGCAGUCCGAGCUGCAGGAUGUGCGUGAGCAGCUGCGAGAUAGCAACGACCGCGCUACUCAGGAGCGGGCGCUGCAUGAGCGCCGCGAGCAGCAGCUGGCAGCCCUGCGCGAGAAGGAGCGCGCCGCGGAGGAGGAGAAGCGCCAGGUGGCGUCUGAGCUGCGCGUGAUGAAGGUGCAGGUGGCGGAGAACAACCGCCUGCGUGAGCGCGUCGACGAGCUGCAGGCGGCCCUUGCCCUCAGCGCUGCGCCGCGCCCCGGCGCUGACGCCUACUGCCAGGCCGGCUCCGGUGGCGGCCUCAGCACCGCCCACAUUCAAGGCUACAUGCCGCUGGAGGAGCCAGCCCCGCCCAUGCCUUCCGCCGCGCCUGCCCUGCUGCCCACGGUGCACCACCCCGGCGCCGUCAUGGCGGCGACUUCGCUGGCCAGCUGGCCCGGCCACGUGCCCGGCGUGGCCGGCGCCAGCCUCACACUUGGCCGUGCCGCGACCGGCUACGGCCCCUCUGACAACCUGCUGCGCUCCUACAACGCCAUCCCGGAGGCCGACCCCACGCCGGAGGAGCUGCUGGAAGUGGAGGAGGGGGGGCGGGGGUGGCGUGGUGGCGGCGGCUUCCGGCCGCUGCGCUUCAUGUUCGGGCUGGUGCUGAAGGGCACGCUGGUGGCGGGCGGCAUGGCGGCGGGCAUUGCACUGGGAAACCCCAAGGCGCUGGAGGCGAUGAUGAGCCUGCGCGAUGGUGGCGAGGCGCGUGAAAGGCGCCGCGCUUUUGCGGCCGCCGCCGCCGCCUCUGGCCCCGUGGUGAUAGUCGAGGGCGUGCCGCUGCCGGCGACACCGUCAACGGCGGCCGGUAUGACCCCGUUGCCCUCCAUGUCCGCGGCCAUGUAGGCUGCCGCACCCAGCCGCACCAGUAGGCUGCUGUCGGGUCCAAGGAAUCUGCAGAGUUGCACCAGCAUAAGCUAUUGGGGGGGGCCACGUUGGCUGGCGGUCGUCAGUGGCAUAUAUCGGCGUAACCUGGUAUGUCGCACCAUUAUGGUCUGCAGGUCGGUUUGUGAUCAGUCAAAGUAUUCAUUAUGCGUGAUCGGUGUACACGCCCUGGUUUCAGUACUCAGGAUUUAAGCAGGGGGCGUCCACAACUUGACGCAAGUCUGCAGGAUUAAUGACGUGGAGAGAAUCAUGAAUGGAUGAAGAGCCGCCACGGUUCACUUAUUCGAUAGGCCGGUAAGCGCAUAGCCCUAAUGCACCAUGGGGGCAUGUCGCACCCGUGGAGGGCGCUGGCAGGGCCGGAAUGUCACUGACAGAUCGGCUCUGCGAGAGCGGCUUGCCCAGAUGAUUUGGCAUCCAUGGCUACGCCAUGCAGAAAUGCCUGCGCUACUACACACAAUAGUGUACGAUGUAGGUCUACGUGGAUGAGUGAGGCCACUCCAAAAACAGGCGACAACGCAAGUCCUGAGUCGAACAACCCUUCAGGCAGCAGGCCGUCAACAUCGCCUUACGUCCGUAGACACAGGCGGCUUUCGGCUUUGCGGCUUGACUUAGCACUUCAGCUACUCCGUCUUUACACAUCCCACACUGCCACUCAUAGAGCUACAAACCGCUGGCCAUGUAAUAGACUGGGGAGACUCUGACAGCAUCCGGCAGUUUCGCAAGGCGCAUUGCGACACUGCACACCUGACUAAUGAUGCAUGGUCAUGCCGGGUGCACAGCGGAUGAAUGCUUGUAUCGCCUAAUGCAA